AUGAAAUACUCUCAUUUUUUUAAUUCAUUGGCCUUAUUACUUUCAUCAAUAUCUCUCAUAAGCGCAACCCAACUAAUUGAUGAUUUAACCAAUUCCGACGGGAAUAUCCCAACUGAAGCAAUUAUUGGUUAUUUAGAUUUAGGGGCUGAUUCUGAUGUCACGCUGUUACCAUUUUCUAACAAUACAGCAAGUGGUUUACUAUUUGUUAAUGCUACCAUUUUAGAUCAAGCAUUAGCUAGUAGUGAAAAGAGUGAUAAUAAUGGUUUAAGUAAGAGAGCAUGUCAUUACGCUCAUUGGGGUGACCGUUGCUUUAUGAAUACUGACCCAGGUGACCUUAUCUAA